UUUUACAUCAAUUGUCAAUUUUCUAACAACAUAAUUAAUUUGUUGAUUUAUAUAUAUUGACUAUAUAAAAUGACUACUAAAUGACUUAAAUAAUUGGGCCACAUGGCCUUCUUCGAUUCAACUUGUGACAGAGUGAGGCUUCGAGUCUCUUCACUAUUCGUUUCAUAAUCGUUUCUGGAAAGGAGGAAGCGUCGGUUGGCACGUACGGAAGGUCACGGUCGCACGUGAGAAGCACCUCGUUCUCGUUGGCUCAGCUCAACUCGCCUUGUAAUUCCAAGCAUCUCAUGAACCAAAAGAAAAAAUAAAAAUGCAAGCAUCUAAUUCUCGCACACUCUCUUUCCACAACUAAAAUCACAUUCACUUUCAAAAAGUAUAACAAAAAUAAAAUAUAAAACCAAUCUCGCACUCAUUAGUCGUACAACAAGAAGCAGUGAAUCAUUUUAUUUCUCCAUUUUUUGUUUUUUUGUUCGUUUUCUCUUUACAGCUUAUCGCCUGCAGAUCGAAUCAAUCUCAAAGGAAUCAUUUUUCUUUCUUUUGUAGCUGCCAAAUGGCGAUAUAGACCAGAUAAACAUAUGUUACAACAAGGAGGGGUUUUCGAGCUUGGCGUAUCAAAUGAUUUGUAGUAUCUAUAUUAUGCUUGGUCAGAGCCAUUAUGGGCAUCUAUCUGAUGAAAUGUAAAUGGCCAUGGCUGCUUAACAUACUAUUCAUUUUUAUCCUAACAAACAGAAUCAGAGCUAUCAGUCCUGAUGGAGAGGCACUUCUAAGCUUCCGGAUAGCAAUUGUUAGUUCAGAUGGGGUGCUUUCUCAGUGGAGACCAGAGGAUCCUGAUCCAUGCAAAUGGAAAGGGGUGGCAUGUGAUAGCAAAACCAAGAGAGUGACAACUUUGAGCCUUACCAAUCAUAAACUGAGUGGUCCUGUAUCACCUGACCUGGGGAAGCUGGAGCACUUGAGGCUUUUAAUACUUCAUAACAAUAACUUUUAUGGGUCCAUUCCUUCAGAGCUGGGUAAUUGCACAGAGCUGCAGGGAAUAUACUUGCAGGGUAAUUACUUGAGUGGUUUAAUUCCAAGUGAAUUGGGGAACCUAUCUUCCCUUCAGAAUCUGGAUAUCUCAAGUAACUCUCUCAGCGGAUCUAUUCCUCCUUCAAUUGGGAAGCUAGAUAAGCUCAUUACAUGCAAUGUGUCAAACAAUUUUUUGGUUGGGCCUAUACCUUCACAAGGUGUCUUUGGCAACUAUACAGCGAGCUCUUUUGUUGGAAAUCGUGGUUUAUGUGGAAAGCAAAUCAACAUAACAUGCAAAGAUGACCAUGGAGGAGCUACAACAAAUUCCAAAUCUCCUACUUCAGCUGAAAAUCAAGGUGGUAAAAAGAAAUACUCUGGAAGGCUUCUCAUUAGUGCAUCAGGAACCAUGGGUGCACUGCUUUUGGUGGCUCUCAUGUGUUUUUGGGGUUGCUUCCUGUAUAAGAAGUUUGGUAAACAUGAGGGCAACACUCUGGCCAUGGAUGUCAGUGGAGGGGCAUCAAUUUUUAUGUUUCAUGGAGACUUGCCAUACUCUUCAAAAGACAUCAUUAAGAAAUUGGAAACUUUGAAUGAGGAACACAUUAUAGGUACUGGGGGCUUUGGGACCGUCUACAAACUUGCAAUGGAUGACGGAAAUGUGUUUGCUUUGAAACGAAUUGUGAAGAUAAAUGAGGGAUUUGAUCGUUUUUUUGAAAGAGAGCUUGAAAUUCUUGGAAGCAUAAAACAUCGAUACCUUGUAAACCUGCGAGGAUAUUAUAAUUCACCUACAUCAAAGCUGUUAAUCUAUGAUUUCCUGGCUGGUGGUAGCCUUGAUGAAGCUCUUCAUGAACGAUCUGAGCAGUUGGACUGGGAAGCACGCUUGAACAUUAUUAUGGGAGCAGCAAAAGGGUUGGCCUAUUUACAUCAUGAUUGUUCUCCUAGGAUCAUACACCGUGAUAUAAAGUCCAGCAACAUUUUACUUGAUAGCAACUUGGAGGCUCGAGUAUCAGACUUUGGACUUGCCAAACUUUUAGAAGAUGAAGAAUCUCAUAUUACAACCAUUGUUGCAGGAACUUUUGGUUAUUUGGCUCCAGAGUAUAUGGUAAGUGGAAGAGCAACUGAAAAGACGGAUGUCUAUAGUUUUGGGGUCUUGGUGCUUGAAAUCUUAAGUGGAAAGAGACCCACUGAUGCAUCAUUCAUUGAGAAGGGCCUCAACAUCGUUGGCUGGUUAAAUUUCUUGAUGAUAGAGAAUAGACAAAGAGAGAUUGUAGAUCCAAAUUGUGUGGGAAUGCAGGCAGAAAGCCUUAAUGCCUUGCUCUCGGUUGCCAUCCAGUGUGUUUCUUCAAGCCCAGAGGAUAGACCCACCAUGCACAGGGUGGUCCAGGUGCUUGAAUCUGAGGUUAUGACCCCAUGCCCAAGUGAUUUUUAUGAUUCCAACUCGGAUUGAAUGAUUGAAGCUGAAAAUGAAGACUUGUUUGAUUCACAUCCAUGAUGCUCUCUCCUGUUAUCUCUCACAAUUUAGAGAAGUAAUGCAAGCACAAAAUGACGGGCUUGAAAAUCUGCAAUAGCAUCACUUCUUCAUUGCAUUAAAUUUUUUAUGCUGAUGGAAGCUCGAAGAUGCACUGCUUGGUCUACACCCAUUUGAACCUCAACAUGAUUUGUUUAAUGGAAGUGGAUUUUGGCUGCAUCUUCCUUCCAAUGUCCUCAUUUGGCAUCGGUGGACAGGUGCGUGCAUGGAUCCUCUUGUUGUAUGAUUCGUUUUAUUGCCCCGUUUCGAUUUUGUUUUUGUUUUGCCUUUAUGAAAGCUGUAAUCCCCUUAUGCAUUUCACCCAAGCUAACUGUACAUGACCUCCAUAUAAAUUGGGAAUAUUUUGCCUUUUGGCAGAUUCUUGUUGUU